UUUUUAUCAAGUUUGUCACUAACCCAUCUACUGUGAUGAUGAACAGACCAGAUGAAUGUUGUACUGCCACGAUUUGUUGCCAUUGAAAUUAAUAGGUUUCCCCAUAUUCGUAUGGAGGAGAUAGAUGACAGUUUAGUUUAUGCCAAAGUGCUAAUCAACUUAUCAACUGCACUGGAAUUGGUGAUGAAGGGUAUUAAAGAGGAUGCUGAAAUUGAAAAAUGUGAUGGUGCAGCAGUAGCAAUAGAAAAAGUGUGUGAGGAAAUGACCAAGGAGUUUAGUGGAGUAAUCAAGAGCUUGUCAAGGGAAGUAGAAGUGGUACAUGAGAAAAUUAAUGAGGUGAAAACCUCAUAUGAAGAAAUUUGUAUGGAAAGUAAUAAAAAGAAGAAGAAAGGAGACUGGUGUAAAAGGAAGAGAAACAAAGAUGGAUCUAGAAACAGAUGACAAAUGGGAAGACUAGAAAUUUAACAGAAAGCCCCAUAGUUAUGCAAAGGCCAUCAAGACAAAGUCAGUUCAGAAUACUGAUAAAGAAGAAGAGCAGAGAAGAACGCUGAAGAGGUUGGUUGGUAAGGAUGAUGGCCUCAGUAACAACGGAUAUGCUGAACUGGGCAGCAAGAAGUUAAUUUAAAAGUGGUGAGAAUAAUUAUGGUGAAUGGACAUUAGUUGACAGUCUUCGUAGGAGAAAGAUCAAAACUCUAUGUGGAAAUAGAGAUCAGAGUGGUUCAGAACACCAUAGGAUCAGAGUUGCUACUAGUAGACCUAUAGAUUCUUGGAGUAUAUAUCUCGGAUAUCUUGGUGAAGAUAUUACUAAAGAGAGAUUGAGACAUUUUUGCGGGAGAAUGAUGCACAAAUGUUCGUCUGCAGGAUAUUGAACUCUAAAAUCUAUAAUUUUGUUAGUGCCUGAGUACGAAUUCCAUUGGAUAAGAGGGAAAUUCUUUUGAAUGCUGAUGUUUGGCCUAAAGGCAUAAAGGUACGGUCAUGGGUACUGAAGCCGAGCUUAUUCUUCACGGUAUGAUGACAUUGAUGACUAGUAGUAUAAACAUGGUAAAUGGAGCUAGAAAGUAUGGAGGCAUUGGCUCUGUGACUGGGAAUCCUGUACUAACGAU